AUGGAGAAAGAUAUGGAGAAAGUCAUGGAUCCUGAAAAGUCGCAAGACCCUUUCGGUGCUGGGGAAGAAGUCGGUGGGGUGCGCUACAGGACUAUGAAAUGGUGGAACUGUGCAGUUUUGAUGAUUGCUCAGUCCGUCUCAUUGGGAGUUCUCUCGCUCCCAUCGUCCAUGGCAACCUUGGGCUUGGUCCCUGGCUGUAUUAUUAUCAUUGGAAUUGGAGCUUUGACGACCUAUACUGGAUAUGUCGUCGGCCAAUUUAAGUUGCGAUACCCCCAGGUCCACAACAUGUCGGACGCUUCGGAGAUUUUAUUUGGCGCUUGGGGUCGUGAGAUCUUCGGUGUUGCCCAGAUCCUUUGUUUCAUCUUUCUUAUGGGCGCUCAUAUCUUGACUUUCUCUAUUAUGAUGAAUGAUCUUACGAACCACGGUGCCUGCACUAUCAUUUUUUGCUUGGUUGGAGCCAUUCUCUGCUUCAUGCUCACCUUGUCAAGGCGCUUAGAGGAAGUUUCAUAUCUGGGCAUCAUCUCUUCUCUAUCGGUUUUCACCGCUGUGAUGAUCACUAUGAUCGCCAUUGGUAUUGAAAGACCUAAUCCUGUAGCAUACGCUACAACUCACCCAACUCUUAUCAAUGGCUUCUCGGCUACUCUGAACAUUGUCCUUGCCUAUUCCGGCCAUAUGUCAUUCUUCAGUUUCCAAUCUGAGCUGAUUGAUCCAACUGACUACCCCAAGGCGCUAAUAGCCUUCCAAGCAACAGACACAACUCUCUACAUUAUUACUGCCCUUGUGAUUUACCGAUAUGCUGGGCCGGGUGUCCUUAGCCCUGCCCUUCUGAGUGCGAGCGAAGUUGUCUCAAAGGUAGCCUUUGGCAUCUCUAUUGGCACAAUUGUCAUUGCUGGUGUGGUCAUUUGCCACGUCGGUGCAAAGUGCAUUUACGUGCGACUCUUCCGUGGGACCCACAAAAUGAACGAAAAAUCUUUCCGUUCAUACGGUACUUGGGUGCUCAUUACUUUCCUGAUGUGGGCCAUUGCAUGGUUGAUUGCAAACGCGAUCCCCGUGUUCAACGACUUGCUCAACAUGAUUGCGGCGGCGUUCUGUAGUUGGUUCUCGUUCGGCUUAGAGGGCCUCUUCUGGCUGCAUAUGAACCGAGGACAGUACUUUUCUAGCAAGCGCAAGAUCGCUUUAACGGUACUUAAUGUCUUUCUUGUCGCUCUUUGUUGUCUAAUUUGCGGAAUGGGUCUUUGGGCUACGGGGACAAGUAUUCGUAUCAAUGCGCAAACUGCACAUAAGCCUUUCUCCUGCGCAUCCAAUGCCUAG